AUGUCCGACGGGCUGACCAAGAAUGCGGUCAACGCUCAAUCCGUCCUCCUCAUUUAUCCGCCCACACCGGAGCCCACGUUUCACUGUUUAUUUACCACCACAGCGUUGAUUACGUUGCUGACUUUGAGUAUCUGCGGGAACUUUUCGCAACUUGCUUUACAGUAUUACUCUGGUCGACUGAGAGUAGGGACAAGUGAUUCUAGCCCUAAUUGCACGCAGGUGAGCGAAAAAAAUAAUUUUGAAAAAAAUAAAAAAAGUAUUUUUUUACAUUUUUUUUUAUUUUUUAAGAAAAAAAACUUUCAAAAAUUAAUUUUUUUUUUUAUUUUUUAAAAUUUUUGCCUUCUAACUCCGCAAUUUUUCAGCUCUACAUUGGCAUUCUCUACAUCGUCCAAUUCUUUCUCUCCCUCUCCUUGCCCAGCGUAAUUGUCGAUCAUUUGGUGCAGAUUUGGAUGUUCGGCAUGAUAACGUGUGCCUCACAUUUUGUGCUUGUUAAUGUUGGCCGAACCGCAAGUGCAUGGCUGAUUGUUUUACUGUUCUAUGAUCAAGUAAGCUUAAUGAUUCUGUAUUUCGAAAAGUGAUAUUGACAAGAGAAGGGUGAGAAGUGCGACGGUCAUAUUUUCUUCCAAUUUUCACAAGCAUGUGCCACAUAUAAAUUUCUCAAAUUUUUAUCGCAAAAAAUGUCACAUUUUUGCCAACUUUUGCCUCAAAAAUCUCGGUGAUUUUUGCAAAGCGCUAUCUAGGAGUGCCAAAUAUAUUUUUUUUAAAUUGAUCUAAUUUUCUGCCAAGUUUCAUUAAAAUCUGACCGUCUACUACUUACAGCACUCCCCUGAAAUAAAAAUUACAAAAAUCUCAAAAAAAAGUUAAAUUUUUUUUUUCAUUUUUGUGCUUUUCCCUAUAAUACAUAAACCUCCACUUUCCAGGCGGUUAUCAACGGCUCUCCAAAGCCCUCCGAAAACAAGCAGCGGAAAAUCUUUUUACACUCGGCGUUAUUUGUUGUUGCCUUGUGUGUGAUAUCGAUUUUUCCGGUCUUCAAAUACAUCAAGGUGAGCUUAUUUCUUCAUUAAAAUCAACUCCAGCCUCCACAAAAGACUUUUCAACUACAAUGUUUUGAUUUUCAGCUAGUCGAAGAGGUGAUUCAAGAGGACUACGCCAACGACAUGGUAAUCCACAUACGGACUUUUAAAUGUUUGACAACGUUCGGGCGGGGCUCGCAGCGGCUUCUGAUCAACGCGACAGCCUUCUUCAUCGACUAUGUCGCACCAUUGAUUAUGAUUACAAUACUGAGUUUGCAUUUAUUUUGGUACUCAAAAACUCAUCGAGUGCAGGCCAAAGUUUUGACCAGAAAGAUGCAAAAUAUCCGGCUUAUGACUGCCGCGAUUUUUUUCGCGUGUCAUGCACCGCACUGGAUGGCUGUGGGAUGUGUGAUUUUGUCGGAUGUAAGUUGCAAUAUUAGUAGAUUUCGAGAGUUUUCGAAAAAAUACAAAUUUUGAGCGAUUCUAGAUUGCUUUGGUUUUUUAUCGUAUAAAAUGUCACUCGAUUUACCAGUGAUGGCCAAAAUUGAAGUAUUGAGACCAUAAAGAAUUCAUAAAUCAAUAUUUUUAAAGACUUUAAAUUGACAGAUUAAAGAAAACCUAAAUUUUUCAAGGAAUUCGAAAAAUUUUGGAACUUUCAUGUUUUUUCGUAUAAAAUAUCCCUUUUAGCACCUCUCUAAGCAUUUUCAAAGCCCAUCAAAACUGAUUUCCCUAUAUUUUCAGUACCUUGAAUUCAUCCCCGGCUCCUGGCAGACGCAAUUCCUCGGCGACGCCGCCUUAUUUGGGCCCUAUCUUAUGCCGGCGUUUAUGUGGAUCCCGUUGUCCGCGCUGUCCAGUGCCGCCCAUACUCAAACCAAAUUCUACAAUACCUCCGCCUCCACACUGACAGCACCAUGCUUGUCGAAUUUGUACACUGGACUUCAAAUUCAUGUCAACAGUUCGCCGACGGAUUCCAGCUGUUCUUUGUUGAGACAUAUAGAGCCAAAGGACCGAACGCUCUCCCUAACGCAUUUGCAUAAGGACGCCAAGAAAAGUGUAGGUGUGUUUUAGAGUUGUAAUCAGCCGAUUUAACAAUUCUGUUCAAGGCUAGAGGCAAACAAUGACUUUUCCAGUUUUCGUUGCGGGACCCAAAUAAUGGGCAAAAUGGCUGUUAAAAAGAAAUUUCAAGAGUAUUUUAGGCGUGCUUUGAUAUUUUGAGUAAUAAAACACAUUAUUUGGUGUGAAUUCUGGCCAAAAAUUCGUUUUUCAAUUUUUCGUUGCGGGACCCAAAUAUUAAAAUUGCUAUUGAACCGAAAUUCCAAGAGUAUUUUAGACGUGGUUUGAUAUUUAUUCUGAGCAAUGAUACACAGUUUUUGGUGAGAAAUCUGGCCAAAAAUUUGUUUUUCAAGUUUUUGUUGCGAGACCCAAUGCCGAAAAAAAUGUAUAAAAAGCACUGUAGUUAUCAAUUUUACAGGGGAUUUUAAAGAGUUAUCCGGUAUUUAAGACAAAAAAAUACUCAAAGUUUUAUUUGCCGGACCAAACUUUCAAAGUUUCAAUAUAAAAAAGGUUUCAAAUAUUUUUCAUCAAUUUAAAAAUGUGUAUUUUUAGUUCGCCCGUCCUCUUCGAUACAUGCGCAUGCAAAGCGCGAACACCAUGAAGUCUAUUAGACAGCAGAACAUAAUGAGUCUUCGCAAUGGACAAAGCAAUGGGAAUCACGCCAACGACAGUGUGUCGCCGAUUCCGACAAAAUACGAAAAGGUCAAUCAGUUGACCAGAAUGAUUACGGUUGACGUUACAACAGUUUAA